AUGGCGGCUGCCGCAAGCAGUGGGGAAAAAUUACAGAAUUGUUCAAACGAGAAAAAUGGAUCAAAAAAAUCUCCAAAUAAUAAUUUCGAGCGAAAAGAGAAUUGCAAAGACCUACUGAAGGUGUGUCCAGAACGGGGAUUGGACAAGUAUUUACUGGAGAAGAAUAAACAAAUAAAUGCACAACGCAAGACAUAUAAACCAUCUGCCUGUCCAGUUCUGCAGCAAGUGAAAGAUUUUCUACCAAUCAUGAAGCAAGCACAAGAAGAACUUUCACUAGAGGAUCACGGCACCAUAGAAGACGUUGAAGAUGGUGAACCAUGUAUAAAUAUGGACCUACAAUUGGUGGAACUUGACGAUACUUCAUCUGACAGUUACUCCAGUGAUGAGAAUAUAGACACUAAUGUUGGUGAGAUCAAUGAAAAUAACUUAAUGUUGAAAAAAACUGAUAAGAUUAAGAAACCUUUGAUUGAAGACAUAACGUAAUGUCUCCGUAAUGCUUGGUUAGUUGGUUGGUUAUCUAUCCAUGAUAUAUAUGUACACAAAAAAAUAAGCAGAAUUACAGUAAAAUUCAUAAUAUACUUCGCCAUAAUCGUGCUGUUUAAAAUCCACACUAAAAUUGAAUCCCAGAUAGGCCAGGAGUGCUCAACGUUGGGGAGUUGGGAAUCUCGAUC